AUGACCACAGCAACAUCAAGUAUCACUACGAUAAGAUCAACAACAAUCAAUACUACCGGCUCAACUUCAAUUUCCAGCACUACAACAUCAACAGUAUUAAUAACUACAUUAACAAGUAGUACAACUUAUGUUUCUUCAACAAGUAGCACAUCAACAACAACUUCGGCUUCAACUAUUUCAUCCACGACUACCACAACUCAAACAACAACAACGACAACCGUAUCUCGCUGUCAGAUGGCUGAUUUUGGCAGAUUGCUGACUCAGAGUGGACCGACUAGUUGGUUCCAAUUUUCAUAUACUUAUAUAGCAACGAGUAUCGAACCUACACUUCGUUUUAUAUUCGAUGGUGGCCCAGCAGACUGUUCUUAUUUGGAUAAUAUUUCGAUCACUGAUAAUAAUGCACCUUCUGUUCAACUUCUUAGUAAUCCGAGUUUCGAAAAUUCGACAUCAUCACCAGUUGGAUGGAAUGUAGCAAAUUCAUCUACAUGUCAAAGUGGUACUCAGGGACAAGUAAUUACGAGUGGUUGUCAAACGUCAUCUGGUAAUAAUUGCUUCAAAGCUUAUUGCGUGAGAGGUUAUGAAUAUUUGUUUCAAUCAUUUAAUGCAAUUAUUGGAGAUUUUUAUACAAUUUCCUUUUGGUUGGAACAAACAGGAGGCCCAGUUGCUUGUAUAUAUGUCGACGUUAUUUGA